AUUAGAGUUUCGGUUUUACUGCUGUGAACAAGCAACUCAUCGGACAAUAUGAAACUCUUCCUGGUCGCUUUUGCCGUGAUCGCAGCCGUGGCUGCCGAUGUCAGCCACCUGCCCUCCAACGAGUACCUGCCUCCCGUCCAGGAGCAGCAGAUCAUCGCCGGACCCAGCAACGAGUACCUGCCUCCCGUGCAGGCCGAGUCUGCCCCCGCCCAUGAGCUGGCCGAUGAUGGCUACCGGUACAAGACCCACAAGCGCGUGGUGGUCCGCCGCCACCGCCGUGACGUCAACGAGCUCUUCAACGAGUACCUGCCCCCCUUCGCAGCUCCUUCCAACGAGUACCUGGCUCCUGCUGAGGGUGCUCCUGAGACCAUCUUGGCCGAUGAUGGAUACCGUUACAAGACCCACAAGCGCGUGGUAACCCGCCGUCACCGUCGUGAUGUGAGCCACUUGCCCUCCAACGAGUACCUGCCCCCAGUCCAGGCUGCUGCUCCUUCCAACGAGUAUCUGCCCCCAGUGUCCGCCCCCGUCCAGGUUGCUGCCCCAGCUCCCGCUCCAGUUCAGAUCGCCGCCCCUGUCCAGCUGGCCGCCCCCGCUCCUGUCGUGGUUGAGGCUGAGCCCGCCCAUGAGCUGGCCGAUGACGGUUACCGUUACAAGACCCAUCGUCGCGUUGUUUACCGCCGCCACCGCCGUGACGUCAACGAGCUCUCCAACGAGUACCUGCCCCCCUUCGCAGCUCCUUCCAACGAGUACCUGGCUCCCGCUGAGACUGCUCCUGAGACCGACUUGGCCGUUGAUGGAUACCGCUACAAGACCCACAAGCGCGUGGUAACCCGCCGUCACCGUCGUGAUGUGAACGAGCUCUCCAACGAGUACUUGCCUCCCGUGCAGUCUGCUCCCUCUGCCGAGUACCUUGCCCCCCAGGAAAACACCGUCGAGGCGGCUCCCGCCCAUGUCCUGGCUGAUGAUGGAUACGUCUACAAGACCCACAAGCGCGUUGUGUUGCGCCGCCACUAAAUCAUCCGAUAAAGGCUUCACUAGGUGAUCGAAUUGUGCUCAUUUUUGAGUGCAGACCCUACUAUUAGAAUACCUCUUUUUCAUUCAAAUACAAUAAUACGAUAACGAAUCC